CAAGAAUACACUGGAGGUCAAACGUCGCAAACAUACACAGAUGACGUCAGUAACAUCAUUCACGAGAUGAUCCGGGCAUUUAGGAUCGUCAUCAAAAGUGUCAGAUUCCAUGAUGUUUUCGAGGAGGGCAUAAGGUUGCGUCAAUCCGUUCACAAAGUUAUGGUGACCAUUGUGAAGGAAGCAUACAAUCAUCCGACCCCUCUCAGCAUCAUUUGAAGAAACACAGAAUAAAAGCAACAUCCCGCAGAAGCCCGAGCCACAGUUCGGCAGGCUGCGUAUGCUCGAAACGACAGCCACUCAGGCCAAUGUCGAGCACAUACUCUUCACCGGCACCAUCCUCUCGCACAAUGCCUACGACAAGACUGUCUUCUGUGCAAGAAGUAUCUCAUCGUCUACCCUCUACAGCAUCAACACCUUCCCCUCAGUAUCAGAACCUCUUUUCUGAGCGACUUAACUCCAGCCACGACACCUUCCUCUCAUGUUUGGGAUCAUUCAUUGGCCGUUUGCAUCUCCAAUCCCCAUAUUCGAUCGAUGGUCUCUUGACGAUCCAGCAACCGGUCAAUGCUUUGCGGGAGCUUCUUGUGGUGGUAGAAGCAGCCCCAGCAGAAUGAUCGCUUGAUGGCUGCGACAGGAUGUGUUAUUGAGCGAAUCGGCGAUUUCGAGCUAGAGCCGCAGCACGAAGGCCCCGGCACUGAUGCAGCCCCAACCAAACUAGAUGCUGAGAGUUUAUACUUGAAGAGCCGAUGAGUCGAAUCUUGAAUGG